AUGGAGCGAUGUCGUAUGGGCCACUCGGAAUUUCGGAUUUAUGGCGAGAAACAUAUUCCAUACGGUGGCGUCCAAGAAGCGUGGUCUUCCACCCUCCUCCGAGCAUCACCGCCACCAUCGGCACAACCACCACCAUCGGCACAACCACCACCAUCGGCAGAACCACUGCCAUCACCUCCACCACCACUCGGCGGCGGCGUCGGCAACGGUACCAGCAGCAGCAGCAGCAGCACCAGCAGUAGCAGUAGCAGCAGCAGCAGCAGCACUGCCGUCGCUACCACCUCCUCGGACUCCUCAAGGGGCGGCAGCAUAGGAAAUUAUGUGUCGCGUGUCACCGCGAGCCGCCGCGAAUACCUGAAGCGCGCGUCGUCGUUGCCGAUUAUCGUCGUCCGCGUCCUCGUCGUCUUCAUCGUCUUCGUCGUCGUCAUCGAUAUCGUGCUCCUCGUCGAUUAA